AGUAGAUCUUGGAGCUGCAAUGCAACACAGUGGUCAGAUGAAAACCUUCUCCUUAAACAGAGAGCAAGUUAAGGCCAACAAAGCUGAUGGCUGCAAACUGAUAUCUAAAAGGCAAGACAAAUACAGUACAAGCAUAAAGGAGGAAACCAUUGCUCAGCCACAGGAGAUAACACCCUUCAAUGAUCUUUUAAGACAAAAGAACCAAGAGGAUGCAUCUAUUGAUUCGAUAACAGAUUGUUUGAGUUCUCUGAUGGACACAACUCGUACAAUGAGGACACAAAGGCCCCAGAAGAAGUGGUUGUCUGUAUCCUCUGCUCAACGAAGUGACGCAAGCAUUGAACCAUACAGUCAAGAUAUAUCGUUUGACAAUGCAAAGACAAAGAUAAAGAGUUGUGCAAAAUCCCAAAAGCUUCCAAAAGCAUUCUUUAAGGUUAAAGAACUUCAUGAUUCUCAAGAUGGUCCAAGAAACAGAGGCCUGCACUGCAGCUGGAGUUGCAAGGAUAUAUCCUGUCAGCAGAAGUCAAAAACAAAAAAUCACAUAGCAUGAUCAUCAAUCAUGCAUUUAGCACUUCUACAGGUGAGAGGUUGAAAAUCAGUACACUACAACCCAAGUCCUCAUUCCGUAGAUUAAAUAAUGUUAAUACUUGUAUAGAUUUCUUAGUGUUCUACAAAGGCUAUGGUUCAACAUAGCGUAUAAGUAGUGCAUAAAAUUUCAAUAAUUUGUCUCUAUACUAGAUAUAGAGAACAACUUUGAUGGAACCCUAUCCAUGAAUACUUGUUAUUGUAUAAAUGUCAAGUUCCUAUAAGUUGAACAUGCAUUUUCACAAGUAUG